UCAUUUUGAUUCUUUUCAUAGGUGAUGAUCAAUUUUGAAGGUGUUCCAAUUCAGUGUCAACCAAGAAUAUUGGGCUUAACAGCAACGUUACUGAAUGCAAAUGUCAAACCUAAUGAUGUUGAAAGUGAAAUAAGAACCUUAGAAUGUACCUUUAUGGCCAGCAUUGCUACAAGUGUUAACGAAGAAAUGGUUGCUAUGUAUAGCACAAAUCCUAUAGAGAAUACAAUAGAGUAUACUGGAAAUGAUACUACUAGCAAGAUGUAUCAGAUUAGAGAUAGAAUUUUGGAAAAUUGCAUGAGGUUUGUUAAUUCCGUCCAAGUAGAAGAACCUAUAAUAAUCCCCCCAGGAAGUAAACCUCCAAAUUCAAAGCUAAUAGAUAAGAAAGAAAGAAAAACUAACAAGAGGUUGGUGAGCAAAUUUGAAGACAUUAAGGUAAACAUGGAUGACCUGGGGGUUUAUGGAGGAGAUAUGGCUGUCUUGGCCCAUCUUGUUCAGGUCAUUCAGAUGAUACCUAAUUGCCAGCUUGAAGCAGCAAAACAACUCUUCUUGACUGUCAUAACGGAGCUAAUUUAUCUCAGACAUAUAUUUCAAAAGGAAAUGGUACAAUCCGGUCUAACAAGCAUUGAAGCAAUAAAAGCCUAUUCUUCAAAUAAAACUAAUAGGUUUCUGGCUUUACUGAAGGGGGUAAAACCAACAGACUCGAUGAUCGUAUUUACCAAGAGACGAUUUACAGCAAAAAUCUUGUAUUAUGUGUUGAAGAGAGCCUCAGCGGUUGAUCCUCGUCUGAAGCAUAUUAAAAGCAAUUUUAUUGUGGGUUACAAUGUUGGUAACCCAUUCAAAGAUACAAGAGAGAAUUAUUUACAAAGGGAUCACAAUAGAAAAGUUAUGAACCAAUUCAACCAAGGAGAACUAAAUGUGCUGAUAGCAAGCAAUGUUGUUGAAGAAGGUGUUGACAUACAAAAGUGUAACUUUGUUGUCAUGUUUGAUGGGGUAUCAGAUUUCCGUAGUUAUAUCCAAUCAAAAGGGAGAGCUAGGGAUGUAAAUAGCCGUUAUAUCAUUAUGGUGUGUGUUACAGAGAUAGACAAAUUUAAUGCAAAAUACAAAGCUUUUAAUGAAACUGAGACAGCCCUGAAAAAGAUAUUGUAUGGAGGAAAGUUCCAAAGAAGAAGAGCUCCAACAGAGGCAGAAUUAAAUGAAAGCAUAUUUUUAGGAAUGAAAGGUUUAGAACCAUAUAAACCACAUGGGGAAAACGGCCCUGUUGUCACUGCCCUUUCAGCAGUUCCUCUGAUAAAUCGGUACUUUGCUUCUCUCAAAACUGACAAGUUCACAAAAAUAAUACCUUGGUGGUGGCUUGAAGAACAAGGGCCAAGGCGUAGAUGCUGUUUACAGCUCCCAAUGGAAAGUAAAGUUCGAGGUUUAGUUGAGGGUACUUGGCAAUCAAAUCAAGAAAAUGCUAAGCGUUCAGCUGCGCUAGAAGCUUGCAAGUUACUGCAUCAGGAAGGCGAACUUGAUGACUACAAUCUUCUACCAGUUGGUAUAAAUGAUCCUGCCAUACAAAAUGAUAAUUUUACCCCAUGUAUUGACAACAGUGAGGUUACUGUUGAAGAAGUUGGAGAUGACAAGUUUGUGAAAGUUGGAACCAAGAAGUAUAAACGGAGUUGUGAAAAGAAGUGGGCUGACUGCCUUUGUGAAUGCUACCCACUACCAGAUAAAGAAAACUUUUUACAUGUGAUAGACGUGCUGCCAGUAGAUCUACCACAAUCAGACAAUCACAGACUGAUUGUUAUGUUAAACACUUUGAAUCUGCCUCACAACUUUGCCAUUUUAUCGUCAAAGAAAUUACCAAAGUUGGCACCAUUCCCACUGUAUAUGAGCACCGGAGAAAUGGAGGCCACUGUGAGGGAAGUGCUUCCAAUCACCCUUAGCGAGGCUAAUUUGAAACGUAUCUCAGAUUUUCAUGGAAUAAUUUUUGAUCAUGUCUUGAAAGUAUCAAAAAAAUUCAUGAUCAGAAAUUUUAAAAACACACAGAAUUCCUAUCUCAUUGCUCCAGUAAUAAGAGAUUCAUCUGGUAGAGUGACCAUUGAUUGGAAUGUAAUGGAAGAGGUGAAAAAUCCUUUUCCUUCAACCGAAACCAAACCUUCAAAUUCAGAAAGACAGAAUCUAAGUAUCACUGAUGAAAAUUAUCUGGGAAAAAUUGUGUCACCUUGGUAUCGCACAGUACCAACACAGAAAUAUCUAGUUACUAAGGUGUGCUAUGAUAUGUCAGAAGACACAAAGUUUCCAAACAGUUCAUAUUUCACGUAUAAGAAUUACUUUAAAGAAAAGUACAAAAUUGAGACUCUGCAAGCUGGUCAGCCCCUGUUGGAAGUAAGAGCUUUAUCAGAAAGGUUAAACAGCAUUAAACCAAGAGCUUUAACAAAACAGUUGAAACGGAAAAACAAAGAAGAAAAUGAAGAUUUUGAAGUAUGGUUGAUACCAGAGUAUUGUGUGGUUUAUCCACUGUCAGGAAAAUACUGGGUUAAAGCAAUGAUGUUGCCAUCAGCCCUCCACCGUAUCAGCCAGUUAUGUCUAACUGAAGAGCUGCGCUGUCAACUCGUCAGUGAGACUGGCAUCGGUGAAGUCCAUCUUCCAUCAGGAAGAAACUGGGACAAACUAGCACAAGAUAUCAACUGUCAGGUUGAAGAAUUGUUACCUGAUACACAACAAGCUUUAACUUCUUUGAAUAUAUUUUCAAAGAACUCCAACUCUCUUAAAAAUGAACAGUACAAAGUUUGGGGUAACGAAGAAGAGCCAAUGGACAUUGAAAGAUGUAUGGAUACAGCAACUUUGUUUGAUGUACUUAAUUAUGGAAAAUUCAUCAAGAAACCACUUCUUGGACUAGCUACAAAGAAUGUUGAUGAAGCUGCUCGUCACAAGCUGACUAGUAUGGACAAAAGGCCAGUAUCAAGAUUUGUGGAACCUCCACCCCUGCAAAUGCUGCAAAGAAAUACUAAGGGCCUUGGACCUCAACAGGUCCACUUGUUGCAGGCCUUAACAGCUGCUGUAGCAAAUGACAUCAUGAACUGUGAGAGACUAGAAACACUUGGGGAUUCCUUUCUCAAGUUCGCCAUUUCUCUCACACUGUUUGAGAACAAGCCAGAUUGGCCAGAAGGUCAUCUAACCUAUGUGAAAAGCAAAAUCGUUGGAAACAAAAAUUUAUUCUAUUGUGGAACGAAGAAAAGACUCGGUUCAUUACUUGAAGUACAUCGAUUCUCGCCAAAGGAAGACUGGGUUCCACCAGGUUUCUGUGUGGAACAAUCUGUACAGACAGUGUUGCGAACCGCAAAGUUGGAUCCAAAUUGUUUGUACAGUGUGCAAAUUCCUGAGGCAGAAAGAGCUGCUGGAAAAAUUGGUGAAAGUACUCACACAAAAUUUACAGACAUACUGUUAGAAGCAGACGAUAACAAACUCCCUCAGAACUGGACCUUUAUCAACCUACAAGCUCUUACAGACAAAAAUGUUUCUGAUGCUGUUGAAGCUAUUUUGGGAACCUACCUUAUGACUUGUGGAUUAUUUGGAGCUCUGGCAGUGUUAAAUUGGUUUCAAGUGACAAACCCUGCAUUUUCCACUCCAAAAGUAUUCACACAGAAGACUUGCUCUCCAGCCAAAGGCCGUGGGAAUCCCGACCAUCAUCUGAUAGAUCCGAGUUACUUGGAGAACAUUCUCAACUACAAGUUUAACGACAGAUGCUUCCUUCUGCAAGCAGUUUCACAUCCUUCCUAUACAAGGAAUAAUAUCACUACUUGUUACCAAAGACUUGAGUUUUUGGGAGAUGCUGUAAUUGAUUUUCUAAUAACAAUUCACAUCUACGAAAAAUGUGAAACUCUUACACCGGGAGAUCUAACAGACUUGCGCUCAGCUCUGGUGAACAAUGUAACUCUCUCUUGCAUCUCUGUGCGCAACCAACUCCACAAGUUUCUGCUUCACAACUCAAAUGUUCUCAAUGAUUGCAUGAUGCGAUUUGUGAAACACCAGGAAGACAGGAAUCACAUCAUAGAUAAUGAUAUCCUGUUUCUGUUUGAAGAAAGUGAUGUGAAUAUAGCAGAGGCAGUAGAUGUUCCGAAAUCUCUUGGAGAUAUUUUUGAAGCUUUGAUUGGAGCAAUCUACUUGGAUUCCGGUAAAAACCUUGAUGUUACUUGGAAAGUUGUUUACAACCUCAUGAAGGAUGAAAUAGACAAAUUUCACAAAGAUGUUCCUAAGAACCAUGUGAGAAUGCUCUAUGAGUCAGAAUGUGGACCAAACUUCAAAUCGUCCAUUCAAACAGACAGUGCUGUGAUGGUAACUGUGGAGAUCAGCCACAAGGGUGUCAUUAAAACUUUUAAUGGAUUUGGAGACAACAAGCGUCAGGCAAAGAGAGCGGCAGCAAAGCAUGCGCUGAGAGCCAUUCGCACUCCUUCCAACUAACUAUUGAUUUAUUUGCUUAAACCAUUCACCAAAAGUGCUUUUGUUCGUAAUAAGAUAUAAUGUAUACUAUUUAGUAUAUUAAGAUAGGGUACAAUAAUUAAUUAUAUCUAUUUAUUUAUCCAAUUUAAAAAUUAUUGAAGUUGGUUUAUCAAGUGCUUUUGUUAAUGGUAUGACUUGCAUGUAUACUAUAUAAUAUAUUUAGAUAAUGUUAUAAUUUUCUAUUUGUUGUAUUUGUGCAACAUAAAUUUAAAGUUUACCUUCUAA